ACGUGUCCGUUUUCAGCUGCGCGGUGCAACGGCGUCGUGCCGCGCUCGGUGGCGGCAUCUACAUUAGCCCCUCGCUCCAACAGCAGCGCUGCCACCUCCACGUGUCCUUGGUACGCAGCCUCGUGCAACGGAGUCGUGCCAGCCACUGUGCGCUCGUCCACGGGCAGACCCUGGUCAAUCAGAUACGAGGCCACAUCAGCAAAGCCCGAUGCCGACGCCAAGUGCAAGCCAGUAGCCCCA